CUCACUUGAGCCUCUUUUAUUUGUAGGUUGGAUUACGGAACGAUGUCACAUGCUUUGUGGAUAGUGUGGGUCUUGGGGGCUGUAAUCAGCCUGUUCAAGGAGGGGACCCCUGAUCAGGCUUCUUCUCUGAAUUGUGACUCCACCGGUGUCUGCGAUGGCCACUCGAGAUCUUUAAUCACCAUCCCCUCAGGUCUCACGGCAACUGUGAAAAGCCUCGUCCUGUCCAACAACAAGAUCACCUAUGUCAGCAGCAGCGACCUGCGGAUGUAUGUGAACCUCAAGGUUCUGAGGCUGGGAUCCAAUAAAAUUGACACUAUAGAGGAAGAUUCUUUUAUCUCCCUGGGGAGUCUUGAACAUUUGGACUUAUCCUAUAACCGCCUAUCUAAUUUGUCAGCCUCCUGGUUCAGGCCCCUUGCUUCCUUGAAAUUCUUAAACUUACUGGGAAAUCCUUAUAAAACACUUGGGAGAACAUCUCUUUUUUCUCAUCUCGCCAACUUGCGAAUCCUGAGAGUAGGAAAUAGUUACAACUUCACUGAAAUUCAGGAAAAGGAUUUUGCUGGGCUAACUUUUCUUGAGGAACUUGAGAUUGAUGCUUCCAGUCUCCAGAAAUAUGGGCCAAAGAGUUUGAAGUCGAUUCAGAACAUCAGCCACCUGAUCCUUCAUAUGAAACAGCCUGUUUUCCUGCUGGAGAUUUUCGGAGAUCUUUUAAGUUCCUUGGAACAUUUGGAACUGAGAGAUACUCAUUUGGACACUUUCCGUUUUUCAAAAGUAUCCAUCAGUGAGACCAAGACAAUUAAAAAGUUUACAUUUAGAAAUGUGGAAGUCACUGAUGAAAGUUUUAAUGAAAUAGUGAAACUGUUGAAAUAUGUUUCUGGAAUGAUAGCUGUGGAGUUCGAUCACUGUACCCUUAACGGAAUUGGUGAUUUUGAUACAUCUGCUAUGGACACAGAUCUAAGUAACAUAGAGACAUUAAUAGUACGGAGGCUAUAUAUUCCACAUUUUUACUCAUUUUAUGAUCUGAGAAGUAUAUAUUCAUUUUUAGGAAGAGUCAAAAGAAUCACAAUAGAAAACAGUAAGGUUUUUCUGGUUCCCUGUUUACUUUCACAACAUUUGAAAUCACUAGAAUAUUUGGAUCUCAGUGGCAAUUUGAUGGUUGAAAACUUAUUGAAAAACUCAGCCUGUGAGUAUGCCUGGCCCUCCCUACAAACCUUAAUUUUAAGGCAGAAUCAUUUGACAUCAUUAGAAAAAACGGGAGAAACUUUGCUUACUCUGAAAAGUCUGACUAACCUUGAUAUCAGUAAGAAUAAUUUCCAUCCUAUAUCUCAAACUUGUCGGUGGCCAGAAAAGAUGAAAUAUUUGAACUUAUCCAGCACAAGAAUACAGAGUCUAACCGAAUGCAUUCCUCAGACACUGGAAAUUUUAGAUGUUAGCAAUAACAGCCUUAACUCGUUUUCUUUGACUAUGCCACAACUCAGAGAACUUUAUAUUUCCGGAAAUAAGUUGAAGACUCUACCAGAUGCCUCCUCCUUACCCAUGUUACUAGUCAUGAGAAUCAGCAGAAAUACAAUAAAUACUUUCUCUAAGGAGCAACUUGGUUCUUUUAAAAAACUGAAGACUUUGGAAGCUGGCAGCAACAAUUUCAUCUGCUCCUGUGAAUUCCUGUCUUUCACUCAGGAGGAGCAAGCACUGGCCCAGGUCCUGAUCGACUGGCCAGAAAAGUACCUGUGUGAUUCUCCACCGCACGUGCGGAACCAGCGGGUUCAGGACACUCGUCUCUCGGUUUCUGAGUGCCACAGGGUGGCUCUGGUGUCUGCCGUGUGCUGUGCCCUUUUCCUGUUGAUCCUGAUUGCAGGGGCUCUCUGCCACCAUCUCCAUGGCCUGUGGUACAUGAAAAUGAUGUGGGCCUGGCUCCAGGCCAAAAGGAAGCCCAGGAGAGCCCCCCAGAGGGACUUCUGUUUCGACGCCUUUGUGUCUUACAGUGAACAGGAUUCCCACUGGGUGGAGAACCUGAUGGUCCAGGAGCUGGAGCACUUCAACCCUCCCUUUAAGUUGUGUCUUCAUAAGCGGGACUUUAUUCCUGGCAAAUGGAUUAUUGACAAUAUCAUUGACUCCAUCGAAAAGAGCCACAAAACCAUCUUCGUGCUUUCCGAGAACUUUGUGAAGAGCGAGUGGUGCAAGUACGAACUGGACUUCUCCCAUUUUCGUCUCUUCGAUGAAAACAAUGAUUCUGCCGUUCUGGUCUUGCUGGAGCCCAUUGAGAAGAAGGCCAUCCCCCAGCGUUUCUGUAAGCUGCGGAAGAUAAUGAACACCAGGACCUACCUGGAGUGGCCCACGGAUGAAGCGCAGCAGGACAGGUUUUGGUUAAAUUUGAGAGCUGCAAUAAAAUCCUAGGUUCCUGCAUUAAAGGCCAGUCUUGGACUGGCGGUGGUCCUUAUGCCACUGCUUGUAACUAAGUUUGUUCUGACACAAGUAUAUGUAAACCACACGAGGACGUGCUUUACUGAAACUACUAACACUGUUCAAGUUU